AUGACUUCAUCAAUACAAAGCCUGCUCUUGGCUAUGGCCAAAGAGCGACACAAAAAUAAGCUAGAUGAAGAUGAUGAUUAUGUACAUAUUCAACAAUCGAAUUCUCAAUGGCCAAGACUAUUUGAUACGUACUUUUUAUCAUCUAAAACACGUCUGUCUCAAACAACAACAAAUACAACAAGUGAUGAUGAUCUUGUAUUUUAUGUAACACGUCAAAUGGAUAACGAUUUUCAUCAUCCAUUACAUCUAGUAGAAGUUUUUCGUCAUCAUGAUACCAAACGACUGCCAACAUUAGCAGCACCAGAAUAUGAUUGGGAAGAAACAACAAAUUUAAAUCUAGUCCUUCAUCAAUUUGAGUAUACAGUUACAACAGCCGUAUGUACUAAAACCAGUAAUAAACAUUUACAAAUUCUUAAACGUUUAUCAACAAAAGUCUAUGCUAGUCCAUCACGUCGAGAUAUGGAAAGUAAAGGAACAGAAGAAAAAAUAACUUAUCCAAAUAUUUAUUUUACUGUUGAUAAUUUUGAAGAUACCUUUUGUGAAAUGAUUGUGAAUGAAGGUCAGAUGGUAUGUGUGGAAUUAGUUGCGAAAAAUCCAGUUUUAAAUGAACAACGAGUUUUAUUUCUUGGUUCAAUUAAAUAUGAAUCAUUAAAAAAAGUUUAUGAAACUCGAGCAACAACAAGUACUCGAGUUGUUCAACGUAUGUCAUUAGGUAUCUAUACAAAGCGACGAGUGGAAUUCGUUCGAAUGCGUGGACCAAAUGGCAAAGGUCAUGCAGAAAUGGCAGUAAGUCGAUGUCGAUCAAUUCAAUCCGGUAUUACAACACCUGAAUCAAUUCCAACAACACCAAUGUCAAGUAGUUUUGAUGAAGAAAGUUGGAACAAACGUCGUACACUUGAUAAUAUUUCAAUUAGUCGAUGGAUACCACCAACAACACGACAACAACAAAUAAUAUCUAAUGUUACAACACCUGAAGUUGAAUCAACCGAUAUUCGACAAGAAUUAUCUGAUGAAACAAGUGGUUUUCUUGGUCGUACACUUAGUCAAGCUAUGAAUUGGAUGCGUGGUUCAAGCUCUCGAUUGAAUCAACCAAUACAAACGCUUCCUCUUCAAACAUGUCUUACGUAUUUAACAUUACCUUGUCAAUUUAUUGUGAAAGAUAUACUUGAAUCAAAUCAAAUGCCAAUUCUUACAUUCUAA